AUGUCGCCGCAGUUCACGCACGCCGCCAUGGCCGGCGCCAUGGCAAGAGCGGCGAGCAGCAGAAGGCAGUUGGAGAGCGACUUGGAGCCAGGCAGGCUGACGAGCGGCGAGCAGCAGGAGGCGGUUGGAGAGGGACUUGGAGCCGGGCAGGUUGACGGUGCCGCUGAUCUGAGCGACCCUCUACCACCUGACUUUGGCAACAGCGCCCUUUCAGCCCACCUUGGCAAGGGCAGCAAGCAGCAGCAGGCGGUUGGAGAGGGACUUGGAGCCGGGCAGGUUGACGGUGCCGCUGAUCUGAGCGACCCUCUACCACCUAACUUUGGCAACAGCGCCCUUUCAGCCCACCUUGGCAAGGGCAGCAAGCAGCAGCAGGCGGUUGGAGAGGGACUUGGAGCCGGGCAGGUUGACGGUGCCGCUGAUCUGAGCGACCCUCUACCACCUGACUUUGGCAACAGCGCCCUUUCAGCCCACCUUGGCAAGGGCAGCAAGCAGCAGCAGGCGGUUGGAGAGGGACUUGGAGCCGGGCAGGUUGACGGUGCCGCUGAUCUGAGCGACCCUCUACCACCUGACUUUGGCAACAGCGCCCUUUCAGCCCACCUUGGCAAGGGCAGCAAGCAGCAGCAGGCGGUUGGAGAGGGACUUGGAGCCGGGCAGGUUGACGGUGCCGCUGAUCUGAGCGACCCUCUACCACCUGACUUUGGCAACAGCGCCCUUUCAGCCCACCUUGGCAAGGGCAGCAAGCAGCAGCAGGCGGUUGGAGAGGGACUUGGAGCCGGGCAGGUUGACGGUGCCGCUGAUCUGAGCGACCCUCUACCACCUGACUUUGGCAACAGCGCCCUUUCAGCCCACCUUGGCAAGGGCAGCAAGCAGCAGCAGGCGGUUGGAGAGGGACUUGGAGCCGGGCAGGUUGACGGUGCCGCUGAUCUGAGCGACCCUCUACCACCUGACUUUGGCAACAGCGCCCUUUCAGCCCACCUUGGCAAGGGCAGCAAGCAGCAGCAGGCGGUUGGAGAGGGACUUGGAGCCGGGCAGGUUGACGGUGCCGCUGAUCUGAGCGACCCUCUACCACCUGACUUUGGCAACAGCGCCCUUUCAGCCCACCUUGGCAAGGGCAGCAAGCAGCAGCAGGCGGUUGGAGAGGGACUUGGAGCCGGGCAGGUUGACGGUGCCGCUGAUCUGAGCGACCCUCUACCACCUAACUUUGGCAACAGCGCCCUUUCAGCCCACCUUGGCAAGGGCAGCAAGCAGCAGCAGGCGGUUGGAGAGGGACUUGGAGCCGGGCAGGUUGACGGUGCCGCUGAUCUGAGCGACCCUCUACCACCUGACUUUGGCAACAGCGCCCUUUCAGCCCACCUUGGCAAGGGCAGCAAGCAGCAGGAGGCGGUUGGAGAGGGACUUGGAGCCGGGCAGGUUGACGGUGCCGCUGAUCUGAGCGACCCUCUACCACCUGACUUUGGCAACAGCGCCCUUUCAGCCCACCUUGGCAAGGGCAGCAAGCAGCAGCAGGCGGUUGGAGAGGGACUUGGAGCCGGGCAGGUUGACGGUGCCGCUGAUCUGAGCGACCCUCUACCACCUGACUUUGGCAACAGCGCCCUUUCAGCCCACCUUGGCAAGGGCAGCAAGCAGCAGCAGGCGGUUGGAGAGGGACUUGGAGCCGGGCAGGUUGACGGUGCCGCUGAUCUGAGCGACCCUCUACCACCUGACUUUGGCAACAGCGCCCUUUCAGCCCACCUUGGCAAGGGCAGCAAGCAGCAGCAGGCGGUUGGAGAGGGACUUGGAGCCGGGCAGGUUGACGGUGCCGCUGAUCUGAGCGACCCUCUACCACCUGACUUUGGCAACAGCGCCCUUUCAGCCCACCUUGGCAAGGGCAGCAAGCAGCAGGAGGCGGUUGGAGAGGGACUUGGAGCCGGGCAGGUUGACGGUGCCACUGAUCUGAGCGACCCUCUACCACCUGACUUUGGCAACAGCGCCCUUUCAGCCCACCUUGGCAAGGGCAGCAAGCAGCAGCAGGCGGUUGGAGAGGGACUUGGAGCCGGGCAGGUUGACGGUGCCGCUGAUCUGAGCGACCCUCUACCACCUGACUUUGGCAACAGCGCCCUUUCAGCCCACCUUGGCAAGGGCAGCAAGCAGCAGCAGGCGGUUGGAGAGGGACUUGGAGCCGGGCAGGUUGACGGUGCCGCUGAUCUGAGCGACCCUCUACCACCUGACUUUGGCAACAGCGCCCUUUCAGCCCACCUUGGCAAGGGCAGCAAGCAGCAGCAGGCGGUUGGAGAGGGACUUGGAGCCGGGCAGGUUGACGGUGCCGCUGAUCUGAGCGACCCUCUACCACCUGACUUUGGCAACAGCGCCCUUUCAGCCCACCUUGGCAAGGGCAGCAAGCAGCAGCAGGCGGUUGGAGAGGGACUUGGAGCCGGGCAGGUUGACGGUGCCGCUGAUCUGAGCGACCCUCUACCACCUGACUUUGGCAACAGCGCCCUUUCAGCCCACCUUGGCAAGGGCAGCAAGCAGCAGCAGGCGGUUGGAGAGGGACUUGGAGCCGGGCAGGUUGACGGUGCCGCUGAUCUGAGCGACCCUCUACCACCUGACUUUGGCAACAGCGCCCUUUCAGCCCACCUUGGCAAGGGCAGCAAGCAGCAGCAGGCGGUUGGAGAGGGACUUGGAGCCGGGCAGGUUGACGGUGCCGCUGAUCUGAGCGACCCUCUACCACCUGACUUUGGCAACAGCGCCCUUUCAGCCCACCUUGGCAAGGGCAGCAAGCAGCAGCAGGCGGUUGGAGAGGGACUUGGAGCCGGGCAGGUUGACGGUGCCGCUGAUCUGAGCGAUGGGCUCCAGCUUCAAGCUCUCCACCGCCUCUGCCGUGUGCGCCGCUGCUGCCACCGGGGGGCGCGCUGA